AAAUACUGUAAAGUCAAGUCUCACUUGGGUUAUAUUGUAGUUAAUCCCGGUUUGUUCGCAAUUUUGCUUUCAUGUAACAACAAUUUGGAUUAUUCAUUUAUUAUAAAUCAUGAAGAAUUUACUGUUACUUUCAUUUUUAAUUGUUUCCAUAUUCUCUGUCAAUCGUUCUGAAGAUGAUACAAAUCUAAUAUGUGAAGAUGGCACUAUAUGCGUUAAAAAUGGCACCUGCUGUCCCGGAAAAGAUAAUUCCAACAUGUGCUGUCCUGUAGAAAAUGCCGUAUGUUGUACGGAUGGAGAACAUUGCUGCCCUGCAAAUACCAGAUGCGAUCUGAGACAGAUGAGAUGCGUGGGAGUUCUUUUGCAUCAGGUUUCGGACUAUUCGAUCUUCUUAAAACACACCAAACCGGCGUCUAAAGUGAAUAGUAUCUGUCCGGACGGUAAACACUACUGUCAAGGGAGUGAGACUUGUUGCGUGUCGUCUGUUGGAAAUAAAUGCUGUCCUUAUUCUUUCGGAUCCUGUUGUGCCGAUGGUCUUCAUUGUUGCCCCGCUAAUACCAUUUGCAUAGAUAACAAAUACUGUUCGCCAGAUCGUGGCAAGAAUAUAUCUAUAAUGGACACCAUGUCGGUCUCUCCCCAAGACGUCACGUGCAAAGAUGGUCAUCGUUGUCAAGAUGGCGACACUUGUUGCCAAUUGCCUAGCGGCGACUGGGGAUGUUGUCCAUUUGAAAAUGCUGUGUGUUGUCCAGAUAAAAUACAUUGCUGCCCUGCCAAAACUACUUGUGACGACUAUAAUGCGAUUUGCAUUUCUUCUGACGAAAAUUAUUCAUGUAAACAAUCAUUUCUAAAUAGACCAUCGUUUUCUUUUAUAUCAUUUUAUAUAGCCAAAGCCAUGAAGAAUGUGUUGGUACUAUCAUUUUUAAUCCUUUCGACGUUUUAUGGGGAUAUCGAAUGUUUUGAAAAUGAUGCGAAUCUAAUAUGUGAAGACGGUACUGUAUGCGUUAAAAAUGGCACCUGCUGUCCCGGAAAAGGCAAUUCCAGCAUGUGCUGUCCUGUAGAAAAUGCCGUAUGUUGUAUGGAUGGAGAACAUUGCUGCCCUGCAAAUACCAGAUGCGAUCUGAGACAGAUGAGAUGCGUGGGAGUUCUUUUGCAUCAAGUUUCGGACUAUUCGAUCUUCUUAAAACACACCAAACCGGCGUCUAAAGUGAAUAGUAUGUGUCCGGACGGUAAACACUACUGUCAAGGGAGUGAGACUUGUUGCGUGUCGUCUGUUGGAAAUAAAUGCUGUCCUUAUUCUUUCGGAUCCUGCUGUACCGAUGGUCUUCAUUGUUGCCCCGCUAAUACCAUUUGCAUAGAUAACAAAAUUUGUUUGCCACAUCGUGACAAGAAUAUAUCUGUAAUGGAGACCAUGUCGGCCUCUCAACAAGACGUCACGUGCAAAGAUGGCGGUCAUUGUAAAGAUGGCGACACUUGUUGCCAGUUGCCUAGCGGCGACUGGGGAUGUUGUCCAUUUGAAAAUGCAGUGUGUUGUCCGGAUAAAAUACAUUGCUGCCCUGCAAACACUACUUGUGAUAUGAAUACUUGUACUCGUAAAGAUGACGAUUCAUCAUAUGUAAAUGGAUUUUACAAUUUGGCAAUUGCCGAUUCGAACAAAGUUAUAGAAGUGAACGACAGUCUAUUUAUACGCAGAAAACAAUAUAUCGGACGUGUUCUUCCGCAGCAGUUGGUAUAUAUACAGGAGAGGGUGGAGAAGAGUGUAUCUUCGUUUUCUGAAUUAAGGGGAUCGAAAACUACUUCGAUGAUGAAUGCUUUGUGGUUUCUAACACUUUUUGCUGUUACUGCAAUUUGUCCUGAUGUGAAUGGGGAAGAUAUUGCUCCCUUGCAAGAGUCCAAUAAUCUACUUCAGAUUACAAAGGAAGCUUCUAGUGUAAACAAUUACUGUCCCGAUCGCAUCCACAUGUGCCAAGGAAGUGACCCCUGUUGCAUCACACCAGCGGGUCAGUAUACCUGUUGUCCCUAUCCUGCAGGAAGUUGCUGCACGGACGGACUCCACUGCUGCCCCUACGGCUUGGUUUGCUACAGAAACAACACCUGCAUAAAAGCUAAGGAAGGUAGAGUCUUUACGAAACUAAAAACCUUACGAGCUCUCAAGUUUGAAGACGUCGUCUGUGAAGAUCAAACGCGGUGUAACGAUAACGCUACCUGCUGUCAGCUACAGAGUGGUCAAUGGGGAUGUUGUCCCCUUCCGAAUGCUGUAUGUUGUUCCGAUAAAGUACACUGUUGUCCGCAGGAUACCAUCUGUGACGUACGAGAGGGAGUGUGCCUCACGGGUGCCGUCAAAAUGCCUUUCUUGUAAAACAAUCCUUUUUUUUUGACCAAAUUCAGCUUACAGAAAAUGUAAUUAGUAGGAUAUUCUUUAAAAGAUGUGCAGAGUAAAAUUUACAAAAUUAGAGGCAAUAAUAUCACAAAAUUAAAAAACACUAAAAUAUUUUAAUUUUCAGAAAAUAUACAGAAUUAAGUACAUUCUAGUAGCAAAAAUAUUCCAAGCCGACAAGAUUUCCAAUGCUAUUAGCAUUAGUGAUAACAGAGAACAAAGUCCUAGUUCUAUACAUUAUAUAUAACAACAAUUUUUGUAAGGCACACUUUUGUGGAAACAUCUAAUUAUCUAACAUUACUUAACGAGAGUGAUUAAAUAUGUAAAUACAUACAAAGAUUGCACAUAAUACUUUUGUAUAAUUAUGGGAAAACUAUAUUGAUUAAAUAGCCAUACCAAAAAUCUUGUUUUCGGUUGUAUAUUUUGAAAUGUCUAUUUACAAUUUAGCUAAUAAGCGGAAUACGUUGUAUUUCUUAAUACUCGUGAUAAUUGUAAUUCUAGAGUACAACUCGAACAAACUGAUUGAUUGUGGUAAUAAACUGGAUGGAUGUUGAA